CCAUAACAUGCAAUUUACCCGAAGAACAAUUGUGUGUCAACGUGAAAAUCCAACCAUGGACAUCAGCAUAACCGAGGAUUGGCAAUCUCAUCUCAUGGAUUUUGAAGUCAUUUCCCAAGCCACCAACUUCUUCUCUGACUCCAACAAGAUUGGAGAAGGUGGUUUUGGUAGCGUUUACAAGGGCCGGUUACUUAACGGGGUAGAGAUUGCUGUCAAGAGGCUUAUUAGUAUGACACCUAAUGGGAUUGAAAACUUUGACAACGAGGUGAGACUCAUCGGGCUAGUUCAGCAUAUAAACAUUAUCCGACUUAUCGGUUUUUUCUCUGACGAAAACGAGAAGAUCCUAGUAUAUGAACACCUCGAAAACCUAGGACUGGACUCGUACAUUUUCGACACAACCCGAAGCUCUUCUUUAAACUGGAAAAAGAGAUUUGACAUUAUUAUUGGUAUUGCUCGAGGACUUUUAUAUCUUCACCAAGAUUCCCGAUUCAAGAUUAUCCACCUUGACCUGAAACCAAGCAAUAUCUUGCUUGGUAAAGACAUGAUCCCAAAGAUCUCGGACUUCGGGAUGGCAAAGACACUGGCAAGGGAUGAGACAGAAGCUAUUGCGACAACCGCUGCCGGAACUUUUGGUUACAUGCCGCUGGAAUACUUGAGGGACAAGAUAUACUCUGUAAAAUCGGAUGUUUUCAGCUUUGGGGUCUUGCUUCUUGAGAUUCUCAGUGGAAAGAGGAACAAUAGGUUCCCUGCACUGAACGACGGAGAAUCUCUUCUAAGCUACAUAUGGAGUAACUGGAGCGAAGGAAAGGGGCUAGAGAUCGUCGAUCCGGCCAUUACAUAUUCAACAGAAUUUCGACCAGAUCAAGUUCUAAGGUGCAUACAGAUUGGUCUCUUGUGCGUUCAACAGCUUGCACAAGACAGACCGACGAUGUGGCCGGUGGUUUUUAUGCUCGGAAGUGAAACAGUUGAUAUAGAUAGGCCUAAAUCCCCCGGUGAUGACACUUGUUCAUCCUCCAUGGAACAUCUAGAUGAUGCAACUUAUACCGUUUGUCAAAUGUCCAUGUCGGCCAUGAAAGGUCGUUAAUGACUUUUUCCAGAAUUCGACAAGGAUUCGUUUUCGAACAAAAAGUAAUCUAUGUAAAAAACUCAAUCUCUCAAGGUCACUCCGCAAAUUCUACAUAAAUAACACAUU